AUGGGAUCACUGCUUGGGCUCCUGGCUCUGCUGCUGCUGUGGGGCGCCAUGGCUGAAGGCCCAGCCAAGAAGGUGCUGACCCUGGAGGGGGACCUGGUUCUGGGUGGGCUGUUUCCGGUACAUCAGAAGGGUGGCCCAGCAGAGGAGUGUGGUCCUGUCAAUGAACAUCGCGGCAUCCAGCGUCUGGAGGCCAUGCUUUUUGCCUUGGAUCGUAUCAACCGUGACCCAAGCCUGCUCCCAGGAGUGCGCCUGGGCGCGCACAUACUCGACAGUUGCUCCAAGGACACACAUGCUCUGGAGCAGGCACUUGACUUUGUGCGGGCGUCACUCAGCCGGGGCGCCGACGGCUCACGCCACGUUUGCCCUGACGGCUCUUAUGCCACUCAUGGCGAUGCUCCCACUGCCAUCACCGGUGUCAUCGGCGGCUCCUACAGCGACGUCUCCAUCCAGGUGGCCAACCUCCUGCGGCUAUUUCAGAUCCCUCAGAUCAGCUACGCCUCUACCAGUGCCAAGCUGAGUGAUAAGUCCCGCUAUGACUACUUUGCCCGCACAGUGCCUCCUGACUUCUUCCAAGCCAAAGCCAUGGCUGAGAUUCUCCGCUUCUUCAACUGGACCUAUGUAUCCACCGUGGCAUCCGAGGGUGACUAUGGUGAGACAGGCAUUGAAGCCUUUGAACUAGAGGCCCGCGCCCGCAACAUCUGCGUGGCCACCUCGGAGAAGGUGGGCCGCGCCAUGAGCCGCGCAGCCUUCGAGGGCGUGGUGCGAGCCCUGCUGCAGAAGCCCAGUGCCCGCGUGGCUGUCCUGUUCACCCGCUCCGAGGAUGCCCGUGAGCUCCUCGCUGCCACCCAGCGCCUCAAUGCCAGCUUCACCUGGGUGGCUAGCGAUGGCUGGGGGGCCCUGGAGAGUGUGGUGGCAGGCAGCGAGGGUGCUGCUGAAGGCGCCAUCACCAUAGAGCUGGCUUCCUACCCCAUCAGCGACUUUGCCUCCUACUUCCAGAGCCUGGACCCGUGGAACAACAGCCGGAACCCCUGGUUCCGUGAGUUCUGGGAGCAGAGGUUCCACUGCAGCUUCCGACAGCAAGACUGUGCAGCUCACUCCUUGCGGGCCAUGCCCUUUGAGCAAGAGUCCAAGAUCAUGUUUGUGGUCAAUGCGGUGUAUGCCAUGGCCCAUGCCCUGCACAACAUGCAUCACGCCCUCUGCCCCAACACCACCCGCCUCUGUGAUGCAAUGCGGCCUGUCAACGGGCGCCGCCUCUACAAAGACUUCGUGCUCAACGUCAAGUUCGACGCCCCCUUCCGUCCAGCUGACACCCACAGUGAGGUCCGCUUCGACCGCUUUGGGGACGGUAUUGGUCGCUACAACAUCUUCACCUACCUGCGUGCAGACGGUGGGCGCUAUCGCUACCAGAAGGUGGGCUAUUGGGCAGAAGGCCUGACCCUGGACACCAGCCUCAUCCCGUGGGCCUCACCCUCAGCCGGUCCCCUGCCUGCCUCUCGCUGCAGUGAGCCCUGCCUCCAGAAUGAGGUGAAGAGCGUGCAGCCAGGGGAGGUCUGCUGCUGGCUCUGCAUUCCCUGCCAGCCCUACGAGUACCGGCUGGAUGAGUUCACCUGCGCCGACUGUGGCCUGGGCUACUGGCCCAAUGCCAGUCUCACUGGCUGCUUCGAGUUGCCCCAGGAAUACAUCCGCUGGGGCGACGCCUGGGCUGUGGGACCUGUCACCAUCGCCUGCCUAGGCGCCCUGGCCACCCUGUUUGUCCUGGGUGUCUUUGUGAGGCACAAUGCCACCCCUGUGGUCAAGGCCUCGGGCCGAGAGCUCUGCUACAUCCUGCUGGGCGGCGUCUUCCUCUGCUACUGCAUGACCUUCGUCUUCAUUGCCAAGCCUUCCACAGCGGUGUGCACCUUACGGCGCCUCGGUUUGGGCACUGCCUUCUCCGUCUGCUACUCAGCCCUGCUCACCAAGACCAACCGCAUUGCGCGCAUCUUCGGUGGGGCCCGGGAGGGAGCCCAGCGGCCGCGCUUCAUCAGCCCUGCCUCGCAGGUGGCCAUCUGCCUGGCCCUUAUCUCAGGCCAGCUGCUCAUCGUGGCCACCUGGUUGGUGGUGGAGGCCCCGGGCACAGGCAAGGAGACAGCCCCUGAGCGGCGGGAGGUAGUGACAUUGCGCUGCAACCACCGCGAUGCAAGCAUGCUGGGCUCACUGGCCUACAAUGUGCUCCUCAUUGCCCUCUGCACACUCUAUGCCUUCAAGACCCGCAAGUGCCCCGAAAACUUCAAUGAGGCCAAGUUCAUCGGCUUUACUAUGUACACCACCUGCAUUAUCUGGCUGGCCUUCCUGCCCAUCUUCUAUGUCACCUCCAGUGACUACCGGGUGCAGACCACCACCAUGUGCGUGUCGGUAAGUCUCAGUGGCUCUGUGGUGCUCGGCUGUCUGUUUGCACCCAAGCUGCACAUCAUCCUGUUUCAGCCGCAAAAGAACGUGGUCAGCCACCGCACGCCCACCAGCCGCUUCGGCAGCGCAGCUGCCAGAGCCAGCUCCAGCCUCGGCCAAGGGUCUGGCUCCCAGUUUGUCCCCACUGUUUGCAAUGGCCGUGAGGUGGUGGACUCAACAACAUCGUCGCUUUGA